AAUGCCCCCACCAUUGAUUCCUUCUACUACUUAAGGUGUGUCAGCUUUGUUCUUCUCUUGCAUACACCUAAAGCUCAACAACAACCCUUUUGCCUUCCUCUCUAAGGGAAAGUUGGAGAAAAUUUGUUUGAGAAAGAAAAAGGAGAAGACAAUAAUAAUGGUGGGUGAGGUGGCAAUGGAGAAGAAUAAGAAAGUAAGGAGAGAGAACAAAUUUGAAAGAAGCCAUUUUGAUGUGUUGGGAAUUUGCUGUUCUUCAGAAGUUCCUCUCAUUGAAAACAUCCUCAAACCCCUAGAAGGAAUCAAACAAAUCUCUGUUAUUGUCCCGACAAGAACUCUCAUUGUCGUCCAUGAUUCCCUCCUCGUUUCUCAGCUUCAAAUCGUGAAAGCACUAAAUGAAGCAAGAUUGGAGGCAAACGUACAAUUAAAAGGAAAGGGAAUUAGCAAGAAGAAAUGGCCAAGUCCUUUUGCAAUAGCCAGUGGGUUGCUUCUAACAGCAUCCUUUUUGAAGUAUGUCUACCACCCAUUGCGGUGGCUGGCCGUCGCUGCGGUCGCCGCCGGCAUCUUUCCCAUUCUCCUAAAAGCCAUUUCCGCCGUUCGCCAUCUGAGGAUCGAUGUCAACAUUCUUGCCAUUAUUGCUGUGGUGGGGGCAAUGAGUAUGAAUGACUACAUGGAAGCUGGGAGCAUAGUGUUUUUGUUUUCCAUUGCUGAAUGGCUUGAGUCAAGAGCAAGCCACAAGGCGAAUGCUGCAAUGUGGUCGCUGAUGAGCCUGGCCCCUCAAAAGGCCACCAUAGCUGAAACUGGAGAGGUUGUGGAGGUAAAAGAGGUGACAUUGAAGAGUGUGUUGGCAGUGAAGGGUGGUGAAGUUAUUCCCAUUGAUGGCAUUGUUGUGGAUGGAAAAUGUGAUGUUGAUGAGAAAUCUUUGACGGGAGAGACUUUCCCAGUUCCCAAACUUAAAGAUUCUCUUGUUUGGGCUGGUACCAUCAACUUAAAUGGUUAUAUUAGUGUUCAAACCACUGUUGUUGCUGAGGACUGCGUGGUGGCAAAGAUGGCUGAGUUUGUAGAAGAAGCUCAAAACAACAAAUCAAAAACUCAGAGAUUCAUUGAUGAAUGUGCCAAAUAUUACACUCCAGCUGUAGUUGUCAUAUCAGCUUGUGUAGCAGCCAUUCCAGCUGCAUUCAGAGUUCACAAUCUCAGCCACUGGUUUCACUUAGCUCUGGUGGUCUUAGUGAGUGCAUGUCCCUGUGCCCUUAUCCUCUCCACCCCGGUCGCCGCCUUCUGCGCCCUCACGAAGGCCGCCAUGGCCGGUGUUCUCAUCAAAGGCAGCGACCACCUUGAAGUUCUUGCAAAGAUUAAGGUUGUAGCCUUCGACAAGACAGGCACAAUCACUAGAGGUGAAUUUGUGGUAACAGAUUUUCAAGCUCUACGAGAUGAUAUCAGCUUCCACACCUUACUUCAUUGGGUUUCAAGCAUUGAGAGCAAAUCAAGCCAUCCAAUGGCAGCUGCCCUUGUCAACCAUGCAAAGCUGCUUUCUACUGAUAUUAAACCUGAAAAAGUUGAGGAAUUUGAGAACUUUCCAGGAGAAGGUGUUCGUGGGAAGAUUGAUGGGAAGGAUAUUUACAUUGGAAGUACAAAAAUUGCUGCUCGAGCUGGCUGCUCGUCAGCUAUGAAGUUAGAGGAGGAAAUGAAACAAGGCCAAACCCUUGGAUAUGUAUUUUGUGAGGAGAUGGCUGUGGGAUCCUUUGGUCUUUCGGAUUCUUGUCGGUCAGGAGCUAAAGAAGGCAUGGAGGAGCUCAAGAGUCUUGGCAUUAAAACAGCUAUGCUCACUGGGGACUGUAGUGCAGCUGCCAUGCACGCCCAACAACAGCUGGAGAACGCGGUUGAUGUAAUCCAUUCAGAGCUUCUUCCAAAGGAGAAAGCAAAUGUGAUAAAAGAAUUCAAAAGGGAUUAUGGAGCAACCGCCAUGGUUGGCGAUGGCUUAAAUGAUACCCCAGCAUUAGCCACAGCUGAUAUUGGCAUAUCAAUGGGCAUUUCAGGUUCACCUCUCGCUACUCAAACUGGGAAUGUCAUCUUAAUGUCAAAUGACAUCACCAAAAUCCCACAAGCCAUCAAAUUAGCAAGGAAAUCUCAUGCAAAAGUUGUUCAAAAUGUCAUUUUGUCAAUCACUACCAAGAUUGCAAUCCUUGGCUUGGCCAUCGCCGGACAUCCGCUCGUUUGGGCGGCCGUUCUCGCCGAUGUCGGUACCUGCCUAUUGGUCAUCUUGAACAGCAUGCUUCUCUUGAGAGGAAGUGAUCAUAAACAUGGGAACAAAUGUUGCAAAUCUUCCAAGCUAUGCUCGACGAAACAUGGACGAUGCGAUGGUAGUAACACUCGACCGUCUCAUCAUCAUCAUCACGAUCAUCAUCACCAUGAUCAUCGAUGCCAUGUCGUCGAUGAUAAAUGGCCUAGUCGAGAUAAUCACAAUGGAGAUUGUGGGGAUAAAUUUCAUCACAAUCGUUCAAAUCAAUGUGAGAAAACCCCACUUGAGAAAGACAACAAUGGGAAUUGUUCAAAGAAAGUGGGUGAACCCAAUUGUAAUUGCCACUCACAUCAUGUAGCUAUCGACAUACAUCAAGGUAUUGACUGUGAGAGAAUAGAGAAGCAAUAAGAAGUUUCUUAUGAGGAAGCAGUGAUUGGUGGAGUAUGAUGCGAUGAUAUGAAAUAAGGCGUCUUAGCCAAAGAGUUCGAGGUAGAUGGAGAGUGUAUUCUAUCUGUUGUUCAAAGAUGACAACUAAAUAGAGUAUUAAUUCUCGAAUUUAGAGA